GGGGAAUGGACUAUACUAGAGAGGCUCCUGGAGGCUGCUGUUCAGCAGCACUCUACUAUGAUAGGAAGAACCUGGGAAGACGCUGCUGAAGUGUAAACGAAAACUACACUAAAAUCCAUGUGUCAUUUCAUGUCUUCAUUCAUUGUCCAUUUGGUGUUUGGUGGUGAGUUUGAGUGGUGGUUGUGCAGCCACGGGUGGCAAAGAAAGAGAUUGAGCGAGAGUCGGCGUUCUCACCUUUUUUUCAUUAUACGCUCGCACAGGUGCAAUCAAAGCAACGCCGAUUGCUAAUGCAUGUCAUUACAUCCAUUAAAUUAUACACAACACAUUUAAAAAAAAAAAAAAAGAAAACACAAAACCACCGGCAUAUUCAUGACAAAAGAACCACAUUUUGUGGCGGGACGCACAUUCUGUGGCAUCCUGUGAAGAGCGUCCGGUUUCAGCACUGGACAGCUCCCCAAAUCCCGCACAACACAAUUGGACUGAGCGCGUCAGCCUCCGAGGCAGCGGCGCACACCUCAAACCACAUCCUCUGUUAUCAGUUAUUUACACGUAUUUUCACAUGUGUUUGUUUGUGUCCUUGCUUCUUCUGCUUCUUUUGUAGGAUCCUACUAACAGUGGUGGUCAUCUUCCGGAUUCUAAUCGUAGCAAUAGUUGGCGAGACUGUCUAUGAUGACGAGCAGACCAUGUUUGUUUGUAACACCUUACAACCGGGCUGCAACCAGGCGUGCUAUGACAAGGCGUUCCCCAUUUCACACAUCAGAUAUUGGGUUUUUCAGAUCAUCAUGGUGUGCACGCCGAGCCUCUGCUUCAUCACAUACUCGGUGCACCAGUCGGCCAAGCAGAAGGAGCGGCGCUACUCGACAGUGUAUCUGACGCUAGAUAAGGAUCAAGACUCCCUGAAGCGAGACGAGAGCAAAAAGAUAAAGAACACCAUUGUUAAUGGAGUACUUCAAAACACGGAGAACUCCACCAAAGAAGCCGAGCCGGACUGUUUAGAAGUCAAAGAGAUCCCUAAUUCAGCCAUGAGAACUACAAAGUCCAAAAUGAGGCGACAGGAGGGCAUCUCCAGGUUUUACAUCAUCCAGGUGGUUUUCAGAAACGCGCUGGAGAUUGGCUUUUUGGUGGGCCAGUAUUUCUUGUACGGAUUCAACGUCCCGUCGGUGUACGAGUGUGACCGCUACCCCUGCAUCAAAGAUGUCGAGUGCUACGUCUCCAGACCCACGGAGAAGACCGUGUUCCUGGUCUUCAUGUUCGCGGUCAGUGGCUUUUGUGUGGUGCUGAACCUGGCAGAACUCAAUCACUUGGGCUGGAGGAAAAUCAAAACGGCCGUGCGAGGCGUGCAGGCUCGACGGAAGUCCAUUUAUGAGAUCAGAAACAAGGACUUGCCGAGGAUGAGUGUGCCUAAUUUUGGACGCACUCAGUCCAGUGACUCUGCUUAUGUGUAACAAACACCCGGGGUGAAGGGUGUGAAAAAAAUAAACAUGUAAAAAGGGGGGGGGGAAGCAUAUGAUGGACAUGAUGGACAGCUCCGCACGCCUAAUUCGUGUCAUGACUUAAAGAGUGGGCAGAUUUUUUUUUUUUUUUGAUUUUUUUAAUUUUAAUUUAUUGGUCUUUUAAGGAUUUCAUGGCAAGCGUGGGAGUACACGUGUGUUUCCUUAUGUAUUAUUGCACUGAUGCAACUUUUUAGUAGCGUUUAUACUCUGUAUAAGAUGCGACAAAUGAAGAAGAAGACCGUGUUAACGUGUUCACAUAUUUACUCUGUGUGGGCUGUUCUGCUGUGGGCUACUUGAAGAGAGUAAAAAAUGCAAAAAUUGCACUAAAGGGUGAACAGUGCUGGGAGAGCCUGACCUUAUCCAAAACGUGCUUCUAACCUGACGGUGUUUGCUUUUCCACCUGUUUCUGGCACCAACCUAAUUAAAUGGCACCAUACACACACAAGGAGGUGGUUCAAGGAGAACUCUAUCAUCCAGAUUUAUAUAUAUAUAUGCAUAUCUAUAUAUAAAUCCUUACUGACUAUGGUUCCACCAGUGUAAUUCAUGUUUUUUCUUUUUCUUUGUUGCCUGUGUUGCACCACUGACCUUAACAUAUGUAACCAUUCCAUUGCUUUAUAGCUGACUUGCAAAACAGUAUCUGGUGAAUUUGCUGCAAACGCUAACGUCUGUGACUUCCUUAAUUUAUAACACACACCAAAGCGCCCACUGCUUUUAUUUGUGAAGUGUUUUCUUGCUAUUGUGUAAUCAAGUGCCAUACUUGUAGAUAAACAUAAUAUAUAUGUAUACAUAUAAAUAUAUAAAUAUAUAAUAAUCAUCAUGAAAGCUGAUUCCCUGCUUGGAUUAUGCUAAAUGCCGCCCAAUUGUUUUUCUCUUUUUUUUUUUUUUUUUUUUUUAAUUUGCUUUAAAUGUAUUUGUUGUGAUUUAAAUGAGAGAUUGAAAAAAAAACAAAAAAACAAGAAAAAAACCCCAGCUACAGUUCUCUCUGUUUCAUUUUGCAAAUGACUGGAAAAAGAAAUGAAGUGCUAGUCUUUUUUUAUAUACAAGAAGGAAAUGACUCUCCCCAAUCAAAGCUGAUCAAAACAGAAAAA